AUGCUUCCGAUUGCAAUAUGCCUAUGGCUUGCUUUGCUAGCACUUCCUAUUUCGGCAAAACCCACAUCGACCUCGAUUCCGCCAGAACCGUCGCCGUCCUCCAUAGUCGACUACCUUUCAUCCGAGGUUCAGUUCUCCUACUUUAUUAGACACCUCCAGCGAAACGGCUUGGUUCCGUUGAUCAAUUCGCUUCAAAACGUGACGCUUUUUGCUCCCGUCAAUCUGGCUUUCGUGGACGAUGAGGUUUUGGGCAACGAUACGCAUCAAAACCUCUUGCGUUACUUUGCAGACCAGAAACUACGAAUUGGCUACUUGGACACAAGGGACAUGGUGGCUGACUCCUUGUACAUAUUGAGGGAAACGCCCAGCCGCAACGUUACAUUCCCGCUCAAGUUGCUGGCUGACUUGGACCAGAAGCAGUACUAUGUCAACGACGUGGCCCAGAUUGUGGAAUUCGAUUUCUACGCCAAACACCAGCAUUCGUUCGUCCAGGCGAUCGACCACCUCCUUCCGCUCCAGCCAAGCAUAUGCGAGCUCCUCUUGGACAGAAACACGGAUUACAUCAAUGGCCACAAGAUGAGUUUCGUCAAACGACUCUUCCAGCUGGUUUUCUUGCAUCCGAGGAUCCGGGGACCCACCUGUCCUGAGUUCCUCGGCAACACAUCCACAGUGAUUGUACCGCUGGACGACAUGGUCGAGAAGCUGCUUCUGGAUGUGGAAAUACGAUACUAUACCGCUUUGUUUGAGUCCCUGGUGGACAAAACCUUUGACACUUCGAAGGACGCCAUUAGUGAACUCUCCAGAGACGUCAGUGACAUGAUCAGCUUCUGGCUCAUUCCAGAACUCGUGGAUGGAGUCAACGGAACGUGCUCUGAUGUGGACAUUCUGAGCAAAAGGAAGAAUCCCAUCACUCCGGCACCUCCUCAUUGGGACUACAGCUUUUCGCUUGACACCAAGACACACCAGUUGAUAAUUAAUAAUAGCAUUCGGUCCUCCGUCAACUCAACUGGUCUUAGUGCCCGGGACGGUAUUGUUCACAUUUUCGAUGCCGAAAGCAACCCAAACAGCUCUUUCUUCCUGGCAUUGGAUUUCCGAGUACCUACUCUUGUCCCGCGCAAGAUACUCUACUCAUUGCAUUACUCCCAGUUUGUGAACGAGCUCAUGUUCCGCAAGCUAGGGAAACUCAUCAACGGUAAGACCACCAACCAAACCAUUCUUUUGGAUGCCUUGGAUCGUGACGAUCUCCAGGACGAUGAUGAAGUGGUGGCCUCGUCGUUCAGUAAUAAACAAAAUACUCUAUACAAAUUCAUGGAGGGCCAGUUGGAGCCUGCGCUGGGUCAAAAGUCAAACCAGAGAUACCAGCGGCUUUUGACAUCAAAGCUUUGUCUGAACAAGCGCAUUGGUCUGUGCUUCAAGGUUAAAGUGACGGGCGGACAUCACAAUGGAAAAGCUGUGACUACCUUCAAUAACGACAUUAAUGCGUUUGGACAGCCUCAUAUUGCUGCUGGAAAUACAUCCAUCUACAUUGGAGAUAAAACACUCGAGCCGCCUUCCUCACUUAAACAUACAUUGGCAGAUCUCCUCACUGAAGGCGCUGUUAACGGUCGCUUGGAGCACAUUGAGAUUGACAAGGAAUUUUGCAUGUGGACCUUGGAGCAUUUGAGCAAACAUGGUCUCAAUUCGGUGAAGCAAAACAGAAAGGGUUACUCCAUAAUCUUGCCGUGUGGUCAUACCAUAUGGGAACCCCUUUCUGGUGUACAAGAUCGACACGAUGCCUCCAUCAAGAACCUUGGACUUGUUCUCAAGUUUUUGGAAGCACAUCCCAAGAAAAUGAAGGAUGUGCUCAAGGGACUCUUCAUUGAGGAUCUUAUUUAUUCUGAUUUUGGCCUCGACGACGACAUUGAAACAUCUAGAAUCGCCAAGACCCUCCGAGGUGACGCCAUCAACAUCAGCGAGAGCUACCGCACUGGAGAUUUCAACCACAUUAUCAAGCUUAACGACACACCUCUCUCAGUGCCCCUUAACUCCGACGUUCUUUUCAACCAGGGUGUGAUUCACAUUACUAAUAAGCUCAUGCUUCCCCAGGACUUCUACGUCUCCUUCCGGGACUUGCUUGAGACCACUGAGGGUAAGAAGGAGCGCUUUUCAAUCACGUCCCUUAUUUCUGUGUUUCCAGAAUUAAGAGAUGCUUUGGGGCUUGGCAAGAAAGAGUUUGCUACCGACUACUCAAUCCUUGCCCCACGCCCAGAGUCACUUGAAUCCAUGAAUGUCACCAAGGAUUUUGUUCAUCUUCCGGAAUUUCUACAGCUCCAUUUAUUGCAUAACGAGGACGCCCGAACUCUCAAGCACUGCGUAUCUCAACAUUUUGAAACAAACCUGACCUUCACUAUCCAGACGAACCGCUCCGACGGUGUCUUUGAUUGUCGCAAGAAUUUCGAUACCGGCAAGACCUACCUUAGAUUGAGGACCAACCGUACUGAACUCUUUGGCUACAACAAGGACAAGGAGGUCAAGAUUGUGACUCACGGCUGCACAUCUGUCAACAGCAACGCCAGCUGUGUUUUCUUGAUUGACAAGCCGUUGAAUUUGGCCUGGUUCUCGCAUGACGAUGAUUUCCUUCAUGUCCACAUUGGCUGGUUCAGUGUGGCCAUUGGAGUGCUUUUCGGCGUUCUCCUCGUCGGAACUCUUUUCACAUCGAUCAUGGUGUUCCUCGGUAAUCGACCUAGACAGCAGCCAAAACCGUUGAAUUCACCUACUGGAUUCCCCACGCCGCCUGGUUCGACAUUUAUGCGUGUGACGUCAGACGAGGACACCAACGCCGGCUACGACAAUGGAUACGAAAGUGACGACGAUCUCAACAGAGACGAAACCGAAUCGUUACUACUGGCCUCAGGACUCAGAAAGAAAGGACGCCGCGGGUACGGCACUAUCAGAGAAGACAUCUCCAGUUCGAGUCCUAGCCAGCGACCCAAACCAAUUCCGGCAUCGACUCCGAGAACCAUCAAAGCCAAUAAGCUGUCUUUUACGAGAGACAGAAACCUCCCACCGGUGUAA